CUAGGGACCCUCAGCCUCAGUGUUCUCACCUCAGGCCAGCAGGAAGACCAAGAAGAAGGAAGAGGGGAGCCCUUCGAUCGUCUUCCAACAUCUUUUCCAACUUUGAGCAGACCCAGAUCCAGGAGUUUAAUGAGGUGAGGGUCUGCCCUUGUCCUGGGAACCCACCACCCAGAAGCUCCUGCUUGGAAUUCCCCUGGGAAUUGUAAGGCAAGUGACCAGAGGACCUCAUGUGAGCCUUGCUCGAGAACCAGUAAGAAUGGGUGCCUGUCCUCACGGGGUGCAGCUGGCCUGGCAGCCCUGUGACCCUGGCCUUGGUUCCAGGAGUUCACACUAAUGGAUCAGAACCAAGAUGGCUUCAUCGACAAGGAGGACCUGAAGGCCACCUACGCUUCCCUGGGCAAAAUCAACGUCAAGGACAAAGAACUGGACACUAUGCUCAAGGAGGCCUUAGGGCCCAUCAACUUCACCAUGUUCCUGAACAUGUUUGGGGAGAAGCUGAGUGGUACUGAUAUGGAGGAGAUCAUCCUAAAUGCCUUCAAGAUGCUGGACCCCGAUGGCAAGAGCGGCGUCAACAAGGACUACAUGGAGCGGCUGCUGAUGUCGCAAGCUGACAAGACGACCGCUGAGGAGGUGGACCAGACGUUCCAGUUGGCGACCAUGGAUGCCACAGGCAACCUGCACUACAAGGCCCUGAGCUACGUGACCCCCACGGGGUAA